ACCUCCCUGUUUGGUAGCUGCCUGCUGCCUGCUACCUACUAGCCAGUGUUCCAUAUUUUUUUUAUUACACGCAGUGAUUGGAAGCCACUAAGCCAUGCGUAAUCUCUACCUUAUGUUCUGUCAUUUUUUUACACGAGUUUCUGUAUCUAAAUUUGUUUCUGUACGCCAAGCCUUAGCACAGUACUGUACGUCAAUUUAAUAACUCGCGGCGACAGAGACAAGUAAGAAGCUAAACAAACGAUGCAACAGUUCAAUCAGUCAUUACAGCACGAGUUUUGAGUUAAUGCAGUCGCAGGUGAUAUGGAGAAUCACUUAAACUAUAUCUACAGGAAAAGAAGAAAGAAAAGAUAUGGAUAUAAACAAGUCAAGAAAGGGAAUAAGUGUGUGUGCUAGUGCCAACGAGGUGGAUGAAGCUGUGAGACAAGAGAGACAUAAGUGGAAGAUCUUCCGUAUACAACAGGUCCGGGAGCAGGCAAGACAGGAAGCCAGGCGUAUUCGUGAGUCUGUGCGCGACAAAGAAUUACAGAUGGUCCGAGAUUUAAGGCAAGAGUUGAAUGAUCAAUGGCAAGCAGAGAAAGAGAAUGAGGUGCAGCAGUUGCAGCAAGAGUAUAAAGAGAGCCUGGAGGCACUUGGAGAGGCUCAUGAGGUGGCCAAGCAGCAGCCAAAUGCAAGUGAAGUUUUAAAUCAACUUGCCCGAUGUAACCAGCAAAAAGCAAAAAGGCGUGGACAGGAAGCACAGAAGGUACAGACAGAUCAACAACUACAACAACAACAUGAAAAGACAAAACUACUUAAACAGCGUCAAGAUGUUCUCAAUAGAGAGAAACUUCGAGCAAACCUCAUUGCUAAUUUACCAACUCCAGAAGCUUUUAAGAAGAAGACAUAUGUUGUUGAAAAGAAAACACCAGCAGUGCAAUUUCAUGAAGCAGGGACUUUCACCACCACAACUUACGUACCAAAGAACGUAAUAAUUGAAAAGGAAGUGAACUCUACCAAGCCCAAUGCAAAGCAAGCAGCUGUGGUAGAGGAAAUGGCCCAAGCAGUGCUUGCAGAAGCAAAGUGCAAGGCAGCUGAGGAAGAAGACAGGAAGAGGGAGAAGCGAGGCAAUGAGGCAUUAUCCAGAGAACGUUUGCGUCGCAUGUAUCAGCAGCUCAUGAGACAAUUAGACCAAGCUCAGCGUGAUCAUCAGCUGUCUUCCUACCUCAAGGGAGCUGACAGUCUUUCUAUUUAUGAGACUGAAGAAACAAGAUUAAAACAUCACGCUAAGCUGCAACGACUUAUGGAGAAAGCUGUGGGGAAAGUUCUUCAAGAGGAGGAUGCUUUACAGGCAGAAGAUGUUUCAAGUGAUGACACACAACCUGCUGUUGAGUCAUCUGGUCUGUCAGAAGUUACAGACACUUCGAGUGUAAUGAGUGCUCAGAAGACUUCUAGUAAAAAAGUUAAAGAUUUGAAAUCCUUGUUGGAUCAGAUCAAGAAACGAAGGAAUGAGAUUCUUCAGGGUGUAUAUAGCUCAGUACCUGAGGAGGAAGAGGCUUCAGAGAAGGAAGUUAUUGAUGAAGCUGAGGAUAAAUAUAUGAGACAAUACACAAGGCAAGAAGAAGUAGAAUCAGAUGCUCAGUAUCUGCAGACACAAAUAACUGCACAAGAUGAUGAUGAUGGAGGGAUGACACCUAAUGGUGAGGAUCACCAGCAGCAAGACCAGCAAUACGGAGGAUCAAAACGUCGUGGUGAAGAGAAGGACAUACACAUGGCAGCGACCAUACCUGUUCAUCUCCUCCCAGGCACUCAUGAUGGUAAAAGUAUCUGCACAUCUAAGAGAAUUGUAACUGAACUACCAUCUACUAAGAGCUCAUUGGAAAAAUCAGGUUCAGAUGACAUAGAAAGACAGGUUAAUAUUGAUGAAGAUGUAAGUACUGUAGGAGCACAAACAUCAGCGGAUGAAUACUCAAGGCUUCCUUCACCUAUAGUUUACAGUUUACCGAGAGAUAAAGACUUAGUGAGUUCUAUAAGUUCUGGGACCAGUAGCACAGAUUAUCUGUGUCCUCCAUCGUCUCUACCAUUUAGGAUACCUUUAGCAAAAAAAACUAUGGACAGCUUAAGGGAGACUCAACCUCAGAGGCAAUAUGUAAGUUCUAGACCCAUCAGUAAAGAACAUGAAGAUAUACACUUGGCAGAUACUGUACCAGUUCACCUCCUCCCAACCCAUCACUAUAAUGGAAGUACAGACUCCUCCCAAAGAUUUGCCUCUCAACUCUCCACACUGAGUUCAAAUCAGGAGUCAAGUUCAGAUGAUAUUGAAAUCAAAAUUAAAAUCAGAGGUGAUGGAAGUACACUAAAAACAAUAACACCAUCAGAGGAUGAAGUUCCAGAACCUGUAUCAUUCAUAGCUGACCAUGAACAUCCUAUGGAAUACUCAUAUUCUGGGACUAGCAGCACAGAAUACAUAAGUCCCCCAUCCUCUCUCCCAGCAAGAAAUAUUCAAACUUCACAACUUAAUGAAAACUUAAGGAAGAUUCAGCAACAAAGACACAAGAUUCAGCACAUUAUAGAUUCAAAAUCAGAUAGAAGCACUCGGCAAACUAGUCUCCAGAAGUCUAUAUCUCCAAGUGUUUAUUAUGAAAAACUGAAGGGAGAAGGUAUUGGCAAAAGACCUCUAAAAAAGAAAGAAAAGUUUGAAAUGCAGAAGAAGGAGGUACUUAAUUACUACAUGAAAAAGUUGCUACAGAUGAAGGGUGGCGAAUUAAAGAAUAUAUCAGCAUCAACUGUUGAAGGCUCUGGCUUCAAUGUUAGUUCCCUGAGCUCAUUUCUUGAAUCAUUACAAAGGGAGAAAGGUCCAUCUGUGUUUAACACUUCGUCUUCAGAUUCACCUUUGUCAUCUGCCCAUGAAUCAUCUAUAGACUCUAAUUCCUUUUCCAGUUACUAUGAUAUUGAUGAAAUUCCAGUGAAAUUAAGCAGUCACUCAUCAUCAGAUAGUAUAUAUUCUUAUGAUAAGGGUACAGAUACUCAUAGUAACCCAUCAGAAAGAUACAGAAUUCAGCAGUCAUCUGCUUUAACACAAUCUUAUGAUGAUGAGUCAAGAAAGCCUGAACAUCCAGUUUACAGCCAGUCAAAUGCUAGUUUAAACUCCAAUAUUGCAAAGCCUUUUCCACAUUCUUCAGUAUCAUUAGGCUCACAGUCUGAUGAAUCAAAUUCAGGGAUAAUCUCUGGUGGUCCUACAGAUCUUAGAAGAGAGCUGCAGGUGCUUGACAGCAUUAAAAACCUUGAGCAACUGAAAAAAGAACUAAUGAAUCUUCAGCACCAAGUAUUCGAGGAAAAUUUAUCUGCUACAAAGCCAGACUCUUCAAAUUCAUCUCUAAGUAAUAGGUCAGAAGCUACAUACCCAACUGUAUCUAGUGAUGUUAGACAACCACGAAAAGUCACAUUUGGGAGCACACAUCAGAAAGUUGGUCUCAGUACAAUAUAUGAGGCCAGCUCAGAUUUGUCUGAAAGUCAUCUUAACAUCAGUGGUUCAACCAGCUACCAGACUCCAUCAAGGGAAUAUGAAUCUUCGCUGGAUGAUGCAGAAAGUCAAAUUUCAUUGCUCCAGCAGCAAGAUUCAGAAGCGUUCCACAUACCUCAAGGGACCAGACCACAGAAUAAAAUUUUUGUGUCUGAAGAGGCAACCGCAGAUGGUCACGGGAAGAAACUCUUUCAAAGGAACACACACAUGACCUUUCAAACUGAGUUUAAACAUGCAGAAUAUACUGCAUGGGAAGGAAGAUUAAGCACUUCUUUUAAAAGAGAAAACCUCCAAGAUUCAGAUGAUGAGAUUAGACCAUUAUUCAGAAAAUCAACACAACCAUCUGUUUUUACUGUACAACCACCAAUGGUUGAGGCAUCCGAUAAUAUUCGCAUGACAAGAAGGGCUUCAUCUUUGCCAGGCUUCGAGGCAAAAUCAGACAAUAUUGAGAGUGUCUUGGGUACUAAAGAUACACCACAAGAAGACACACUGGAUCUAACAAGCAACAUUUCCAGGUUCAUUCCCUUGGAUCAUGAAACUACACUGACUUCUUCGGUAGGAGACAGUUCCCAAGAGCAAUACAUCUCGCAUCACAGCAGUGUGACUGAUGAUCAGGGUAAGAUUCAUUGGAAGGAUUCAAGUGAAUUAGCAGACAAGCAGUCAAAAAAUGGUUCACCCGUUGAGUCAGUAACCUCAAUGCCUGACAUGGCUGAAAUUUUACAGAGGUUUGGAUUGGAUUGGGCUGAAAGUAUGAUGCGCAAAAUGGAGAAAACUGAACGAAGGUCUUCUUCAGAUUCUUCCCAAAGUCAGGCGAGUUGAUGCAAUGUGUAAUAAUUCUUAUAUUACUAUAUAACAAUAUUACUACAGCCUUUUAUAUGCAGGUACUGUAUUACAUAGGAAAAAAUUUAUACAUGUGUCUAUAAAUACACCAUUAUUUUAUACCAAUUUUUAUAUUUUUCCUGACCAGUGAUUUCUUCAAAAAAGACACAAAAGUACGUACAGUAAGUCGAUCAUUUACGUCACAGAUGCGUUUAAGAAAAGGGCGACAUUAUUGAGACACUAUUCCUAGGGCACAUUUUUGGUCACCGUAAUCCUAACCUCUUCAGUGAACUUCAUACAGUGAGCCUUUCAUUAGCACAAACCAGAGCAAACUACUAAGUUAAAUAGGUAUAUGGUAUGUUAAAAUGGCUUAUAACAAAUUAAGUACUGUGCAAGCUUAAAAUAAAUGAGGCAGAGGGCAGACUACUGGCCCUCAGGUUAGUCACUAUCAUUGUCAUCCACAUUUGUCAGGGCCUCCCUGACAAAUCCCUCAAAGUCACCAUCACUGUCUCUGUCACUAUCACUGGCUUGGGCUGGCUGUGGUGGGUUGUGGGCGAAGAACUCGGUAAUGCUUUGUUGAC